ACGGCGGCCGUCUGCUCAACACGUGGUCAAAGCUGGUGAUGGAUGUGACGUGCUCGCUGUCGUCCGACCUGAACUCGUCGGUGGACCUGACUGGUCAGGAGGAGGCCUCCGAGGAGAAGCAGGACGACGGCGCCAAGCUGCUGCUGGCCUGGCGGGACUGGUGUCUGGUGGCGGCCGCGCCAGGCGAGAUGGUGAAGCUCUCGACGGACAGCCAGCAGCGCCUACUGCUGGACCUGAUGACGGCGCUGGAGAGACAGCUGACCGCCGACGGCCGGCCGCGGCUGGUCAACACCCUCUCGGAGCUGGUCAUGACGCUGGCCGCCCGCUGGCCGGAACGCUGCGCCGAGCGCGCCGUCCAGGAGCGCUGCUGCAGCCUGCUGGAGGCCUGCAGCGCCCGCUUCGAGCAGGUGCACGUGCGGGCCCGCACAGCCGUGCUCACCACCGUGCUGCACACCCUGCAGCAGAGCUCCGGGACCGCCGAGCAGGAGCCGCCACUCUGGCGGCGCUGCCUGUCGCCCGCCUGCCAAACGCUGGAGCUGGCGCGGCGCUAG